AUGAACUGUCGCAAGCAGGAGCCCUUCGACCUGACGAACACGGCGCGGUCGGUGUAUGACCCCGAAACGUUCGAGAAGAUCGUGAACACGUUCCGCGAGAGCUACAAGCGGCUGGCGGCCGGCCUGCGCCUGUGCGCGUUGCUGCUCAGCUUCGAGACUCAGGACGUGUGGAACGCGCGAGAACUGAGGGACGCGCUGCAGCUGGCGGGAGACGCCUGGACCAGGCAUCUCAAGCCGCUUGUGGACAUCGGUCUACUGACGGCGACGGGUGAGGUUUGCGAGGAGUCUAACGGAGGCUCACCGGCCGCCGACGCAACACUAGCUCUGAACCUCAGCUUCUCCUGCAAGAGAACUAAACUGCGACUCACAUGCGCCAGCGCACCCAGUCAUGCAGGCGGGUCUGGGUCCGGGUCGGGCGCGGCGGAGGGCGCGGAGAGCGCGCACUGCGACGACGACCGCAAGAUGUACCUGCAGGCAGCCAUCGUCAGGAUCAUGAAGCAGAGGAAGGUGUUACGCCACACAGAACUCAUCCAGGAAGUAGUGUCCCAGGCCCGCGGGAGCUUCGCCCCUUCCGUGGCAAUGAUCAAGAAGUGCAUCGAAGCCCUCAUCGACAAGCAGUACCUCGAGAGAGCCCCCGCAGCCCUAGACACCUACUCCUACCUCGCGUAGGCCUCCGCCCCCCGCUACGACCGCGACAGCUACGCUGCUACGACAAGCGCUACGGUAGCGCGUUCGAGCCCCGGCCAGCACUCGAGUCGCAGUCUGUUGUAUAUUACAUGUACAAUACAUAAAUAUGUAUAUUUAAAGUAGAGGGCGCUGUCGGCGCGCGGCUAUAUAAUGAUAAUAUAAUAAACUUGUACGAACAUCGUUA